AAUACGUGUACAAAAAAUGUAGCUUUCUAUUUCAUAAUGUUUGUAUUUAAUAUAACAGUGGUUUUCGAUUUGCUUUUUGUACCAGAUCAUGUCAGAAAGUUAAAAAUGUGUGACUAAAAACCCUGAUUAAUARGGAUAUCAAAUACAAUGAUGCUAAUCCUCUUUAUGCCAUUUCCUAGAUGUAGUGGCACCACAGGGAAGCACCAAGCUGCUAGCCACCAGAGCAACAGUUGAAAUUCCUAAAAUGUUGUCUUCUAGUUCUUCCCCAGCAUCUGCAAACAAAGGUGAGAUCGUAUCUAGUCCUAAGCUCAAGGAGGCUUCAGAACUUUCUGUCGAAGAUCUGAGGGUGUUCAUGUCAAGAAAGACCGUGGUUGCAUUUCCUCAGCGAGCAGUUCUGUCCUCCUCUGAGGAGGAGAAACUCACUGAAACAAAAGGAGGUUUGAGGAAGGAGUUAGCUGAGGAGGAAACAUCUUCAUCCAGCUCGGAUUCAGAUUCUAGCUCAGAUUCUGAAGAAGAGAAGGAUGGCCAUAAUAAGCCAGAACUUGCCAUUAGAACCAGAGCAGAGUUUCCAAGACAAGAUUCUACCUUUUCCAAGAACGUACCAGUGAAGGUAUGGAAAGUACCAAGAGAGAGCUUGCCCCAGGCACACCACAAAGAGUGUGUAGCUAAGAAGAAGCCAUGCGGAACAGAAACUGAUGCCUCACAUAUCAAGCAUGACAAAUUUUCUAAAGCAUCGGUCAGUCAUAAAACACUAAAACCCAAAGCAAGAGACCCUAGCAAAAAGUCAGCUCCGAAAGAAGCAGAACAGCGGAAACUGGUAUUAGAACCACAGGAGGAUGAAAGCCGAGACCUGACAGAUGUCACUCUUAAAUCCAGUUAUUUGGAGAAGAAGUCCUUUGGAACCAAAACAGCAGCUGCGCAGUUGAAAGCUCCGUCAGUGACUCAGGAAGUCAGAAAGCAAAACCUGAUAUCCAGAGGGAAAGAAAAAAAGGUAAAAGGGGUGAAAAAGUCUGAAGCAGAAGAAAUUACUGCUCCUAAACUACAAGAGGUGACUUCUGAAAGCACAGUGCUGCUGGCGAGCACUCCAGCAAAGGAGGAGAUCGUUCAYGAAGCAGAAGUCCAAGCUGGAGAAAACAGCACCACAAUAGAGGAGGCCCCGGCGGCUGCCCAGCCCGCGCCAGAGGAGUUCGAUAGCUCUACCUACAAGAACCUUCAGCAUCAUGACUACGACAUCUACACCUUUGCAGAUUCCAAUGUGCUUCUCUCCAAAUUCAGGCAGCCUCAGCCAUCUUCUGGAAGACCGUCACCAAGGCACUGAAAGAUCCCCAUCUAAAACAAAUGCGUGGGCAGAGUGUUAAAUUGUUCCACUUGGCAGUGUUGCAUUACCUGCUUUAAAUAUCAAUAAAUGUGUGGUAACACAUGUUUUCAAACAGUGCUUCUCAGAGUCCCUCACUUUUAGAUUUCUCUGGAUGAGUUGGAAGGGAAUUAGAACUGAAUAAAAAUACAUUUUCCACUUUUCAGUAUGUAUUCCUUAGUCAUAGUUUAGAUAGUUCAGACUGUCCUGACUUUUCAGUGUCUGAAAAUGUCUAAUACUGACCAUUCCUUCAGUAUAGUGUCAUAUAAGGGCUUUUGCAUAUGCAUUUGUUCAGUAUUGACACCAGUUUUGUAGGUAGAGUUACCACUGUGAAUGCAGUUGGCCACACACCUUAUGUACAAACGUGUUCCUAGCCCUGAGGAGGUUGCAUUUAUUCUGUACACGAUUUUCUGACAUUCACUGGUUGGAAGCAAGGCAAUAAGUAUUUGUCUCCUGCAACAACGUGUAUUUUGCUUUAGAUGAACUAACAAAAGUUAAUGCUGAAGUUUAUGUAAUGUGAUUGAAACAUCUCAAUACUUCUGUUGUUGUAAAGGGGAAACAUGAAAGUUGGGUUAAUUGUUGAGGGUUCUACAAUAAUUAAACUAUUUAAAAUGUAAGAGAGUCUUGAGUGAGCAAUUCCUAAUGAAUUGACAUUCAUUCUACAUUGAUUAGACUUUGAGGAAUAGCUCAUUUCUACAGCUAGAAUCAGUGAACAUCCUUUUGAAAAUACAGCAAAAAUAGCACUACUGUAAAAUCAGGUUCUGGUACUAGCUCUUAGCAGAACUGCAGUUCAGUUCCUGCUUUCGUCACAAUAAAGAUUGCUGCCCUAUAGAAAAUGUGAGAAAUGAGACACUUCUCAAUGUAUAACUCAUCAGUGAUUACAGUUGGUCUCAGCAAAUUUUGUUUUUCCAUCCUAUUAGUAACAGUCUUUUGCCCACUGGGAAAACUGCCUUGAUGACCACCAGCUGCUGUGGGUUUAGUUCCACUCUGGCUUCUUGCUCGUUUUGUUUUCUUCUUGUUAAUUGGUCUUUCAGCAGUUGUACUUGCAACAACCCCAGCAUUUUCCAUCACCUGUCUGCAUUCUUUUUUUCCAAGCAGUGGAAUAUGCAAGAUCAAAGGAAAAACAAAGUCAGCUUUAGUAGCCUAUCUGGAUAUUGGACGCAAAUCCCUGUGCAAUUAGUAGAACAGCCAUUUUAUACUGUAACUUGGUAAAAAUGUGGUAAGAAUGAUCAAGAGGCCUUCUGUAAUCUGCCGUUUGGAAUUUUAAGUCAGAAUCCUCUGGCAGGCAAUUUUAUUUGCCCGUAAAAAGCGAAAACGCUGACUCCAACUCUGAAAUUUAAAAUCAGCAAAUGUAUAACUGCAUGCUUGGGUAUAGAGAGAGGAAAGCCAUUUUGACACACCAGUGGCGAUACCACAUAUACCGUACUUGUAAAAGGAAAGACUUUUGCUGUUAAUGUUGAAAGCACAAAAGAAUAAAGAGAGGAGUCUUUAAAAUUCACCCUCUGACACUUCCUUCAUUAAGGACCCACUGAAGGGCCACAGAAAAGCUGCUGUGUUUUGCCAUUAGCUGAGGGUCAGUGCAAUACCGUGAAGCCUGUAGGUCUGUUCUACGCUGCUGUUGAAAUGUUCUCCUAACUAUUUGUUUUGUGAUUAUAAAAGGAAGCUAUAAAUUAUCAGAUGGAAUCUAGACAGCCAAAGGAAAAAAAUC